AUGAUGAUAGUGAUGAAAAACAAAACAGUGAGAAUGACAGUGAUGAAGACAAAGCCAGCGCAGACGGCGAUAAUGGCAGCAGUGAAAAUUUGUCACAUAAUCGAGUAGUUUUAGGUGAGGAUUCUGAAAGUGACGAUGACGAUGAAGACAAGCAUGCAGAGGAAAGUCGUAAAAGUCAUAACAGGCACGGGCACGGAAAAGAACAUGGCGACAAUGAGAGAGAAGAUGCAGGGUACGAUACAGAGGAUCACGACAGUACUAGCCAUGAAGAAGAUAACAAACCUGCUUUUCACAACAGGCAUAAACAGGAAAGACAUUGGGAAUCAAAACACAAACAUUUCGUGUCCCAUGAACAAUCUAAUACUGAUGAUGACAAUGAUGAUGACCAAAAUAAUUUCAAAAACAGUAGGAGGAAUUUCAGAAAAUCGUUUAUAUAUCACAGGAAAAGGAAGAAACAAAGGAGAUUUAGACAACAUAAUGAAAACGAGAGGGGUAGGGAAGAGGAAUUUAACAAAGAUAAUCAAGACGAGGAAUUUUAUGUUCAUAAGAAACAUCCGGACAACAUUUCUAAACAUCGUCAUUAUCAUCACAGACCUCGCGAUGGAAAUGACAAUGAGAACACGGAAACGUAUGACGACCGUUAUGAACCAAAAGAAACACACGGCGAGGACUCCUUUAGACAUGACGAAGGAGGUUAUGAAAGCAACCACGAACACAACGAAGAAAAAAUGCGUGACUAUGAGAGACAACGAGAGGAAUCAGAAAAGUUCCAGAAGCCAAAUGUUGAAUUUGAGGAACACAAUGACAAACGCUUUCAUCACGAAAAAGAGCGUCACCACGGUGGUUACAUUUCUCGUGAGAGAGAUCACGAUGAACGGAAAUUUAAGGAAGAUCUACACGACAGGAAUUUCCCAGACGUUCCUCAUCGACACGAGCAAGAUGCUUACAAAGAUAGAUUUAGAGAAGGUGAGAGGCCAGCUGAUGAUGAUGAAGAUCACCGUGCAUACUAUAUCGAGGGCCGCAAAUAUGAGCCCAGGCAUAGGAAAAAGGGAGAUCGGAAGCAUCGCCACUUUCACGCGGUCGAAGAGCAGGACCUUGAAGGAACUGGAGGUUCAUUUGAUUCAUCAGCGUGGAUGCACGGCGAAAAUUCAGAGGAUGAUCAUUAUUAUGGUGGCGAAGGCAACCAGGAAUACCACAGAAAGAAGCACCGCAAGCAUAAGCAUCGUAAACACAGGCAAAGCUAUGAAUACUGGGCUUACAGAGAACAAAAUCCAUACUACUACAGUUACAACUACCACAAGUCUCGACCUCGAUAUGGAUAUUAUAAACCGCAGCCCACUGUUCGUCCUCCCCCUAGGUGGCAUAAAUACCACUAUGGAGGUUACGGCAGAUGGAAGCCAAAGCCUACUAGCUUCUACCCAAAUAAGGAACAUUGGGAUAGGAAACCAUCUUGGAGAUCAUUUGAGGAGAAUAAGCCAACAGACGGAUACCAGUGGCACACGUUUUACAGUGACCGUGGUGGCACAAAUCAACCCAAACCCACUCCUUACCCUAUGGCACCUUCUCAUGCCUGGCUUCCCACAAAUCCAAGAUGGCAACAACCCGAUCAAUCACAGCGAGGAUUUGGAGGUGGCACUUGGUCUCCUGGCCACGGUCAGGCUCCAGAAAAACAAUACAAAGACUGGAGUAAACAAGGGCCAUCAGCCCCAUUAAAUCAGGGUGCAGGCAAUUACCGGCCUCAGCAAAAUUCGGCUGGAUUGCAGCCGUCGAGAAGUCUCGGCUCUUCCAUGCCAGCCCGCCAGCAACAACCACAAGGCGUACAACCAAAGUACGUUCUUCCUACUCAAUCCAAUACAAAUGGGGUAGUUAGCCAGACAAGGUUUCGUCCUACGGUCCGCAGGCAAUAUCAAGCCCCACUGCCUUCGCAAGUCUCAAGCCCCACAAAUAUCAGCCAAAUUAAGAGUAUUAUGGAUAAGUUGAACACGCCGCCUUCGGCUGUAGGUGAUCUGCAGGCUGGCGGUGCUCCAACUGUCAAUCCAGUUCCAGCACAGAACAAUGCUAAUAACAAAAGUGGACUCCUUAGGAUGAACUUAACGUCCGAUGAUCAACUACAAAAUAGGAAUCGUCUGAAUGGAUUUUUUAAUGAAGAAAAUGGAGGAAAGAAGAAAUCUGAGAUCAUAAGGCCAACGAAUGUCAGUCAUGGUCUACAAGCUGCAGGAAAUUCAUCUUCAUCAGCAAACACUUCACACCACGUCCAACAAAAUCCACCCAGUAUCACCAGCACGCCAGCUAAACCUCUGCACUCCACCCAAGUAGCAAAUAAGACAACUGUAAGAAACACCACCCCUACACAGACAACAAGCAGCCACACCAGCAAGCCGACUGAACCUGCGCAGAACAGCUCCACAACAGCCACGCCCACACAUACGACUACCGUUGAGCAGACCCCUCCAGGACCGAACUUUGGAGACGUCUCUCAAUCCGAUGAUUCUUCAGAAACAGGAAAGAAGCAUCGCAAGCACCGAGCACCUGUCUGCAUCGCAGGAAAAACCACAGAUGACGUCACUCUGCUGCGAGGAAAAAGAGCAGGAAACUUCACCAACAUUGGUGACGUGGGCGACUUCGAGAUGUGUAUCAAACGGUGCUGCCAGCACCAGAAAUGCGACCUGGCCUUCAAAUCCGCAGAAACUUGCUUUCUUGUCAAUUGUUUCAGUAAAGAAUCGUGCCAGACCUCCCCCUCUCUUGACGACAUAUUUAGUCCGCGGAUGUGCUUUGUGACAAGGCAUUUGAAAGACGACGAGAAAGACACUCCAGGUCAAGACAGAGAUGAUGAAUGGAACGACAAAGUCUCCCCUUCAGGAAUUCGUGAAGUUUGUGACGUCGAAAAAGCACUUGGUUUAUUGUGGAAGAAAACGAUCGCAGGACGAUACUCUGCUCAUCCGUGCCCUCGUGGUGCUAAAGGUUUUGUCAAGCGACGCUGCGAAGCUGACUCAAGAUGGCUGCCACCGGAUUUUAGUGAAUGUAUUUCCAAAGAUUAUCAAACACUCUUCGACAAGUCGAAAAAGCUUGCCACUGGAGCCGAUCCCAGCCCUCUCAUCCGGGAACUCUCACAACUGACAACUCAGAACAUUGACAACUCAUUGAUCUUUGGAGGGGACCUAGAUCGAGCUACAGACAUCAUGGCGGCCAUAGUUCAACAUAACGGACAAACAGAGCUUCUGGACAUGACCAGAGAAGAUGUAGAGAAUUUUGUACGAGCGAGCAGCAAUCUUUUGGACAUGACCAAUCAACAAGAGUGGUCCAACAUUCAAAAGAAUAAACCGGGAACAGCAGACGUCCUUCGUUCAAUGGAGAUGUUCGCGCUUCAAGCAGCUAUGCGCCUUCCUCGUGAGGACAUGGCGGAACCGCUCAUUACUAACAAUAUAAUCAUUAAGAUGGACCGGAAGUCUCCUGGAGAUGGCGGUUUGACCUUCCCAGACUUUUCCAACUCAAAGAUAAGCCGUUGGGACGCGAGACAUGACGUCAUUGCGCUGCCAUCGUCCGUCUUUGACCGAGGAGAAGUUAGCACGGCCAGCAUCAGCUUCAAAAGUUUACCAUAUUUACUCCCGGAUUCAAAUGUGAGUACCGGUCUGGGACCAAAUUCCAAAGUGAUAUCCACGGUGUUACACCCCCACCCUCAGGAAAAGAUUACCCCACCCGUGACAGUAGUCCUGAGUCAUAUCAAGCGAAGAAGAGGAAAUCCCAAAUGCGUUUUUUGGGACUAUACAUUAAAUCCCCAUAGAGGAGGUGCGUGGUCAUCACGUGGUUGUUGGUUAGCUUUUAGUAACCAUUCCCACUCGAUCUGUCAAUGCAGUCAUCUGUCAAACUUUGCAGUUCUGAUGGAUCUUUCAUCUGACGAGGUUUCACAGAAAGAGCAGAAGAGGGAACGGACCAUGGCCCUGAUGUGGAUUGGGAUCCCUGUGCUGAUCGUAGGAGUGAUUGGUGGCCUGUAUAUGUCAUUCAGCUGGAAUCGAAAAUCAGGAAUGCCAAGCACCGUAACAAGGCCUUCCGCAGCACUAAACGAAAAAACUGGUUUACUCGGACAGAGAGUGGUGACAAGUCAGAUCCGUGAGGAAUUCCCAGCCUCGCCAACACGUGACCUCUACCGCGCACUGUCUCCUGGGUAUUCACCAACUGGUGAUCUUGAAUGGCAGGACGAGUUUGAUUUUGAGAUGGAGUAUGGUGACCAGGGAUUUAAGCAGAUGCUUCUUCCUAAGUUACAGAUGCUGCAGAAACAACUGAUCAACGAAUUUUAUGAUGGCGACAACAUGGAGACGAAAAAAAGGAAGAUACUAGAGAGCAAGUUGAAGCAAAAGUCACAGAUUACCGCCCAAAGCCCAGUUCAGAGCGAUGCAGUUGAAUCAGUCCAUAGGCAAGCGAUCCAGCAUAAGCCACAGAUCCCAGUCCAAAGUCCAAUCCAGUCCGAUGUAGUUGAGUCAUUUCACAAACAAACGAUCCAAGCAAAUCCACAGACCACGGCCGACAGUCCUGUUCAGUGUGAAACAGUUCGAACUGUAAAUAGACAAACGAACCAAGCAAAGUCACAGACAGCACCUGAGAGACCACUAAGACAAAUGAAGACUUAUUCAGGCAGAAAACUUCGAGUGAGGUUCGCGGAUGAAAAGCCUCCUGGACGAAAUCUCACGGAUGAAGAUAAAGAGCGCUUUAAACGGCUUCAAAGAAUGGAGAGAAGAGUGUUUUUUCAGCAUCUUAGUAGAUGGACAGCCAACAGCCACCUUAAUUUAUCAGAUUAGCCUUUUAUAACGAAUAUUUGUAAAUACAUUUAUAAAUAUAGUUAGUUCUUGAUAUAUAAGAAGCAUUGAGAUGACUGGAGACGUACUACAUAUCGAAAGUCAUUUCGUAAAUUGUGAAAGUCACGCCAGAACCAGAUUUUCACAAUACGCACUUUUUAAUGGAUUAAGAUUUUACCUUGUCUCCAACUCUUACUAGUUAUAGGGGAAUUGGGGAAAUUAAAUCUCAUAGUUCUUUAUUUAUUUAUUCCGCAAGUCCCUGGAACAAUGUCAUAAUUUAAACAACCAUAAAAUACCUCACCUCUGAAAGCGUCUCUAGAUAUUGAUAUUUUAAUUGUAAAAACGUAAUUUGUUUCAAUUGUAAAUAAUGUAAUUUAACAUCCGGCCAGUAAUACUAGCAUCAAACAAGAUAGCCAGCAUUUCACAGCUCACAACAUCAAGUCUGGAUAUGGCUCACAUAAUUACAUCGCGCAAGUACACUGCAUGCUGUUAGGAACAUUUUGUAAAAUUAGAUGGACGCUUUCAUUUCAAGCAAUUUAAGGUCCACGUUACGCCGAAGAAAUUUGAAAGCGCAGCAAUCACCGGUCAUUUUGGAUUUGUGUCUGAAGAA